UUCAGCUGUGCUCACCCCGGGGGGGUGCGAAGUGGGGUUUGUUGUGAUCGGCUCGGCUCGGAGCCGUUCGGCCUGGUUUGGUUGGGCUCUCGGCUCGGCUCGGCUCGGUUCGGUUCGGUUCGGUCCGGGGCAAUGGCGAGGCGGGCGGCGGGCGGCGGCGGGUCCCACGGGGACGAUUUCUCCUUCGUGAGCCCGGUGGUGAAGUACGUGCUGUUCUUCUUCAACAUGCUCUUCUGGAUGAUCUCGAUGGUGAUGGUGGCGGUGGGGGUCUACGCCCGGCUGCUGAAGCACGCAGAGGCGGCGAUGGCCUGCUUGGCGGUGGACCCCGCCAUCCUGCUCGUCGUGGUCGGCGUCCUCACCUUCCUCAUCACCUUCUGCGGCUGCGUCGGCUCCCUGCGGGAGAACAUCUGCCUGCUGCAGACGUUCUCUGUCUGCCUGACCAUCGUCUUCCUCCUGCAGCUGGCAGCUGGCGUGCUGGGCUUCGUCUUCUCCGAUAAGGCACGUGGGAAGGUCAGCGAGAUCAUCAACGGUGCCAUCGUGCAUUACCGGGAUGACCUGGACCUGCAGAACCUCAUUGACUUUGGGCAGAAGGAGUUCAGCUGCUGCGGGGGCGUCUCCUACAAGGACUGGUCCCAGAACAUGUACUUCAACUGCACCGCCGCCAACCCCAGCCGGGAGCGGUGCUCCGUGCCUUUCUCCUGCUGCCUGCAGGAUGCCGGUGAGGCCGUCAUCAACACCAUGUGCGGGCAGGGCAUGCAGGACUUGAGCUACCUGGAGGCCAGCGCCUUCAUCUACACCAACGGCUGCAUCGACAAGCUGGUCAACUGGAUCCACAGCAACCUCUUCCUGUUGGGGGGCAUCGCCCUGGGGCUGGCCGUCCCCCAGCUGGUGGGCAUCCUGCUGGCUCAGAUCCUCAUCAACCAGAUCAGAGACCAGAUCAAGCUGCAGCUCUACAACCAGCAGCACCAGGCAGACCCCUGGUACUGAGCCCCGGCGCAUCGCAGCGGUGCCGGCAUCCGUCCCCACGGUGCAGCGGUGGCUCAGGGAGCCAGGAUCUUACUGCUGAUUUUCCAAACCCCGGAUCCGUAGGAAGAGCUGAAGGGGCUUUGCCGGAGAAGAGGGAGGUUGGAGCGGGCUGUGGACACUUGGAUCUGUGCGUGGUGGCCACUGUGCUGUGGAGAGGGAUGCGUGGGGAUGCUGGGGACUCCGUGGCUUCGGCGGCCGGUGCGAGAGCAGGUGCCAGGCUUUGCCAGAACAUGCCAUAUGCUGCUGUGCCGUGCUGGGGGACCGAACCGGCCCCGAUGAACUGCUGCGUCUGUCUGUCCGUCCGUUUGUCCAUCCUGGGGGACGGAGAGCUGGUGCGCAGGUUGCACACGAAGCGGGUUUGCACUCGGACAUGCUUCCCAUCUCUUGUGCUGCAGGUGGGCGUCUGUCCGUCCAUCCACCCUCUCCUGAUGGGCGCGCCGAGCUGCCCUCACCCGAGGCAAGGCUGGCUCCGGGCAUGGGGACGUCCCCGCUGUCGAUGGGUGCUGCAGACCCCGUCGGUGCCCCACCAAGGGCUUUGCUCGCUGGAUAUCCUGCCCAGGGCUGACCCACGGGGGUGGGGGUCCUCUCUCUGCCCUGGGGGGGCUCGAACCACUCCACAGGGUGCUGAGUCCCGUGCAGAGGAGGGGACAGGUGCUGUCCUGCAUCCCCUCUUGUGGGGCCGGUGCUGUUUCCCUUUGCUUUCAUGGAGAAUAAAGAGAGAUGAGGCU